CCACCAUCACAGUUAUUACUACCUCCACCACUAUCAUCAUUAUGUUAAUAAAUGUUGGCUUGUUUCAACUGUUGCUGUCACCUGAGCCAACCAACCCCACGUGUUUUUUCUCCGUCUCUCUUCUUCUCCCUUUCCAUCUCUUUAAAAGAAGCUUAGGAUAUUCCUGUUCAGAUUUUUUUUCCACGUCGUUCGUCUCAAUGUUUUACAUUUAAUCAUUUAAAAUAUGCCUGCUCGAAUGUUUGAUAACCCUUCUGUAGGGGAAGGGACUAAAAAUGGCCCAGUUAAUGAAAUCUCUGAAUUUUACUGCUCUGAUGAAGUCAUUAUUUCUGGUAUAUCUGGACGCCUUCCAGAAUCCAACAACAUUGCAGAAUUCCGAGAAAAUCUCAUCAAUUCUAUUGAUAUGAUCACAGAGGAUGACCGACGAUGGAAACCUGGUCUGUAUGACUUACCAAAACGUGCUGGAAAGCUAAAGGAACUGGAUAAAUUUGAUGCUGCUUUCUUUGGGAUUCCACCAAAACAAGCUGAUGCCAUGGAACCCCAAUUGCGAAUGCUUUUAGAAGUUUCCUAUGAAUCUCUUAUAGAUGCUGGUAUUGAUCCAUACUCCAUACGAGGCUCCCGAACUGGUGUCUUUAUUGGUGCCAGUGAAUCAGAAGCACAUCAAGCUUGGUCUGCUGAUCCUGAUGCAACUGUUGGGUACCACAUGACUGGUUGUGCUCGUUCAAUGUUUGCUAAUCGACUAUCAUUCUAUUUUGAUUUCAAAGGUCCAAGUUUUGUGAUUGACACUGCUUGUUCUUCAAGCUUACUUGCUAUGGACCAGGCCUUAAUGAGCAUACGAAUGGGCUUGUGUGAUGCUGCUCUUGUUGGAGGUACCAGUCUUUGUUUAAAACCUACUACAUCCCUACAGUUCAAGAAGAUGAAUAUGGUUUCUGAGGAUGGCUGUUCUAAAUCCUUUGAUGCAUCAGCAAAUGGUUAUGUUCGUAGUGAAGCUGUUGUUGUAAUUUUUCUUCAGAAAGCUAAAAAUGCAAAGCGUAUUUAUGCCACUUUUGUACAUUCUAAAAACAAUGCUGAUGGCAAUAAAGAAAGAGGUAUUACAUUUCCGUCAGGAGAGAUCCAGAAAAAAUUAAUUACAGAAGUAUAUUCAGAAGCUGGAGUUGAUCCUAAAAAUGUGGCCUAUGUUGAAGCACAUGGUACCGGAACACAAGCAGGGGAUCCUCAAGAACUCAACACCAUUGCUGAUGUAUUUUGUAAAGGAAGAGAUGGGCCACUGUUUGUUGGAUCAACAAAAUCUAACAUGGGACACCCUGAACCUGCAUCAGGUUUGGCUGCUUUAGCUAAAGUCAUCAUUGCUAUGGAAGAUGGAAUGAUUCCUGCAAACUUACAUUAUAAAGAACCAAAUCCUGAUAUUCCAGGUUUACUCGAUGGUCGGUUGAAGGUGGUUACAGAAAGAUUACGCUGGAAUGGUGGAUAUGUAGGAAUCAAUUCUUUUGGUUUUGGUGGCUCAAACGUUCAUGCUUUACUACGCUCCUACCCAACUGAAAAGCCUGUCCCACAUCCUGCUUCUGACAUGGCAAGAUUGGUAACAUUUGCUGGCCGUACUGAACAGGCCAUAUACGAUGCCAUGGAAAUUGUCAAGGAAAGAAAGCAUGAUGUUGAUUUCCAAGCCCUUUUGCAAGAGACAAUUUUACUCUCCACAAAUAAUAAACCUUACCGAGGAUAUGCUUUUCUUAAUAUGGAAGAUACUGAAAUACGUAUUGAGAAAUGUCCUCCUGAAACCAGACCCAUUUGGUUUGUAUUUGCUGGUAUGGGUUCACAAUGGCCUGGAAUGGGAAAAAGUCUCAUGAAGCUGGAUGUCUUCUACAGUUCUAUUAUGAAAUCUGAUGCAGUGAUUUCACCUCUGGGUAUCAAACUAAGCCAAAUUCUGCUCGAAGGAGAUGAAAAUAUAUUUAACAAUGCCUUGUAUUCUUUUGUGGGAAUUGCUGCUAUCCAGAUUGCACUGGUUGAUCUUUUGAGUGCCAUGGGAAUAAAACCUGAUGGCAUUAUUGGCCAUUCUGUAGGAGAACUUGGUUGUGGUUAUGCUGAUGGAUCAUUGACUGCUGAAGAAACAAUUUUAGCUGCUUAUUGGCGAGGCAAAUGUAUUUUAGAUGGUGGGUUACCUCAUGGCAAAAUGGCAGCUGUUGGUUUGACUUGGAAAGAAGCAAAAGAAAUGUGUCCUGAAGGUGUAGUUCCAGCUUGUCACAAUGCUGAGGAUUCUGUUACAAUUUCUGGUGCUGCUGACUUGAUUACCAAUUUCAUUGAAGAUCUAAAAUCUAAAGAUAUCUUUGCGAGGGAAGUGCAGAGCUCAUCUGUGGCCUUCCAUUCAUAUUAUAUGAAGCAAAUAGCUCCUGCAUUACAAGCAGCUUUAGACAAAGUUAUUGUUCCCAAGUUACGUACUUCCCGAUGGAUUAGUACCUCAAUUCCAGCUGAAAAGUGGGAUACCCAACUUGCAAAAUUCUCUUCGGCCAGCUAUCAUGUCAACAAUCUUUUGAAUCCAGUGCUGUUCCAGGAAGCUCUCCAGCAUGUUCCUAGCAAUGCAAUUGUUAUUGAAAUAGCACCUCAUUGCCUCCUACAGGCAAUUCUCAAAAGAACUUUGAACACCAAAUGUGUUUUGGUUGGCUUGAUGAAAAGGAAGCAUGUUAACAACUUGGAGUUCUUUUAUUCAAUGCUUGGAAAAUGCUUCAUGGCAGGGAUGAACUUUAACCCACUGAAAGUAUAUUCACCAGUCUCCUAUCCAGUGUCAAGAGGGACAGGCAUGCUUAAUUCCAUUUUCAAAUGGGACCAUAGUGAAACAUGGGCUGUCCCUACCAUUGAACAGUUUCUAGCUUCUGGUUCUGGUAAAGAAAACUGCUGUGUGAUAGAAUGUGAUAUAUCUUCUGAAGAGGCUAAAGAUUAUUACCUUGUUGGUCACAUAAUUGAUGGAAGAGUGCUGUUUCCGGCUACAGGUUAUCUGGUGUUGGCUUGGAGAGCCUUUGCAAAAAUGUUAGCUGCUUUUUAUGAGCAACUUCCUGUCCAGUUUGAUAAUAUUACCAUCCACCGUGCUACUAUUUUACCUAAUGCAGGCAAGCUGAAGUUUGAAGUGAACAUCAUGCAAAUAACUGGUGAAUUUGAAAUCGUUGAAAAUGGCAGUCUUGUUGCUAGUGGCAGAAUAAGAGCUGUUCAAGACCUUCGCUCUGACAUAGCAAGUAAUAUUAAUACUGACUUACUUGAUGUUUCUGAAGACCUUAACAAAUUAGAAGUUUACAGAGUACUACACCUUCGAGGAUAUGACUAUGGACCUACAUUCCAAGGAAUUCUUAAAACAAACAGUUUUGGAAAUCAAGGUGUUUUAUGUUGGAAUAAGAACUGGGUAACUUUCUUGGAUACCAUGCUUCAGAUGUCUGUAUUAAGACUACCUGGAAAAGGAUUAAGACUACCCACUAGGAUCCAAUCUGUUUACAUAGAUCCAACUUGUCAUGAUGGCUGUUGCAGAGUGGUGAAUGAUGAAACAAAAGGCAUCAAAGUUACUAUUAAUUCUGACAUUGAUACCUGCACUGCUGGUGGUGUUGAGAUACUUGGUUUACAUGCCACUGUGGCUCCACGACGACAAAUGCAGUCUUCACCCAUUCUGGAAACACACACUUUUGUGCCAAAUAUUAUGAACUUGUCAAAAGUUGACAUACAGAUGGAUUCAUAUAUAAAAAUCUGUUCAAGUCUAUGUCAAUCAAUUUUGAAACGUAUUCUUACGAGCACUAAUGUACCCAACAGAAGUUUCUUGGAAACACAGCUAAAAGAUUUCAAUGACUCUGUUCCAGAUGUUGAAUCGACUGACUUUUCAAAAUCCCCACAUAAUGGUCUACUUCAGAUGCUCAUGAAAGUUCCAAACUCUCCAUCACUUAAGUCAGAUAAUUUAGAACAUCUUUUAAGUUCUUUUGAAUCAGAAUUAUCUGCUGACCAACUGUUAACUUAUAUCUAUAAUCAAGGUGCAUUGAAGAGCUGUUUAGACAUUGUACUUGAGAAUCUGUUCAAGAACAAAAUCAAAGUUGUUGAAAUUGAUGCUACACAGAAAAAUUUCAGUCAAAGAAUUAUUUCUUCUUUUGAGUCUCAUCCCAUAGUGACAACUGAUUACAUUAGAACAGUUUCUGAAGGUGAAAUGGACGUAGAUAGUGAAGUUACUGGCAUUCCCAUUUUGCGAUGGGAUCCUGCAAACCCAUCUUCAGAUAUUUUGUCCAAUGCUGAUUUAGUUAUCGCUAGUAAUGUUCUACACAGGUACAAGGAUAUCAACCAGGUCAUGACGAACAUCUGUCAUGUUCUGAACAGUGGUAAAUUUUUGCUGCUAGAAGAAGCUACACAAUAUUCUGAAAUCUUCACAUGUCUUGAGAUGCUUUCAAAAGAUUAUUCUUCAGUUACUAGCGCCAGAACAAACUUUUUCCUUACUAAUGAAGACUUGAAAGAAUAUAUUAAAAAUGCUGAACUGGAAAUAGUAUGCCAUUUUACUGGACCAAUCUCAGAUAUGUAUUUACUACGGAAAAAAAUAAAACCAUUGGUUUGUCAAAAACUAGUCAUUGAUGACCUUGAAGGAAGUUGGUUUAAUGACUUGAAGAACUUAUUUCUGAAGUGUUCCACUGAAAAUAACUUUGAUCGUCUUUGGCUUGUAUCAUCAUCCACCCCAUUAAAUGGUAUAUUAGGCCUUGUGAAUUGUCUUGUAAAAGAGGACAGUAGCAAUAAAAUCAGGUGUAUAUUUAAUGCUUCUCUGGCUGGUACUCAACUUCAUCUGACAGAUGACCUUUUCAAGAAACUCCAAUCAACAGAUCUUUUGAUGAAUGUUUUCAGAGAUGACCAAUGGGGAUCUAUGAGACAUUUACCUUUCCUCACUGGUUUGGCACAAAUUUCAGAAUCAAAUCAUGCAUACAUAAACGUUAUGACUCGUGGUGACUUGUCAAGCCUUCGAUGGAUUGAGUCCCCACUGAAGUACUUUAACACGAAACUGUCUCCAAACAAGCAACUUUGUACAGUUUAUUAUGCCUCACUUAACUUCAGAGAUAUUAUGCUAGCUUCUGGCAAGUUGCCGCCAGAUGCUAUUCCUGGAAAUUUGGCUGACCAAGAUUGCCUUUUAGGGAUUGAAUUUUCUGGAAAGAGCCCACAGGGCAAAAGGAUCAUGGGAUUGUUGUCUGCUAAGGGAUUAGCCACCUCUGUUGAUGCUGACAGGGAUUUCUUGUGGGAAAUUCCUAACUCAUGGACCCUUGAGGAAGCAGCAAGUGUUCCUGUUGUUUAUUCCACAGUAUAUUAUGCUCUAGUAGUCAGAGGCCAAAUUAAAAAAGGCGACUCCAUUCUUAUUCAUUCUGGCAGUGGAGGUGUUGGCCAAGCUGCAAUUUCUGUGGCACAUUUCUUUGAAUGUGAAAUUUAUACAACUGUAGGAUCCAAAGAGAAAAAGAAAUAUUUGCAAGAGCGCUUUCCUUUCCUGAAAGAUAUGCACUUUAGUAAUUCCCGAGAUACAUCCUUCGAGGUUGAUAUUCUGCGAGUGACCAAUGGUAGAGGUGUUGAUGUUGUUCUCAAUUCUCUUGCUGAUGAAAAACUCCAAGCAAGUUUAAGAGUGUUGGCCAAUCACGGACGCUUUUUGGAGAUUGGCAAAGUUGAUUUAUCAAAGAACACACCAUUAGGUAUGUCAAUAUUUCUGAAAAAUAUUACUUUCCAUGGAAUCCUUUUGGAUGCCUUAUUUGAACCUGGAAACAAAGACUGGAAGAAAGUGGCAAAUCUUUUGGCAAAAGGAAUUAAAUCUGGGGCUGUGAAGCCAUUGAAAACAACAGUCUUUGAUAAAACUGAUGUAGAAGCAGCUUUCCGAUAUAUGGCUCAGGGCAAGCACAUUGGUAAAGUUCUAAUUAAAAUUAGAGAUGAAGUGACAGAAGUUGAGGGUAGUCAUCCAACUGUGGUGCAUGUUCCAGCUAUUUCAAAAACUGUAUGUAAUCCUAAUAAGUGUUACAUUAUCACUGGUGGGUUGGGUGGCUUUGGACUUGAACUGGCUGAAUGGUUAAUUGAAAGGGGUGCUUAUAAACUAGUACUUACCUCUCGUUCUGGUAUUAAAACUGGGUACCAAGCCCGUAAAGUGCGACUUUGGAAGGAAAAAGGCAUAAACGUGCAGGUGUCUGUGAGGAACAUUGUGAAGUUAGAAGAGACUUUAAUGUUGAUGAAAGAAGCUAAUAAAAUUGGACCAGUCGGAGGCAUUUUCCAUUUGGCAAUGGUUCUGAGUGAUUCUUUAAUGGAAGAGCAAACAAUCGAGAGUUUUCAGAAAGUUUUUGCUCCCAAAGUGAUAGGCACCAAACAUUUGGAUCAGGCAUCACGAGAACUUUGCAAAUCAACUUUAGAAUGGUUUGUAGUAUUCUCCUCUGUCAGUUGCGGUCGUGGAAAUAUGGGGCAAUCCAAUUAUGGCUUUGCUAAUUCUGUUAUGGAAAGAAUCUGUGAAAAACGACAUAUGGACAAUCUUCCAGGUUUGGCCAUCCAGUGGGGAGCUAUUGGUGAUGUAGGAAUUGUAAUUUCUUCUAUGGGCGACAAUGAUACUGUAGUUGGAGGUACUUUACCUCAGCGGUUAAAUUCUUGUUUCACCGUUCUUGAGAAAUUCCUCAAUCAAUCGCAUCCAGUUGUUUCCAGUUAUGUUCUUGCCGAAAGAAAUGUUUCACAUGAUUCUCAAAGAGACAGUAAAGCAAACUUCUUGGAAUCUGUCAAAAAUAUUCUUGGCAUCAAAGAUCUGAGCAUGAUCAACUCUACAACAACAUUGGCAGACCUUGGUCUAGAUUCACUGAUGGGAGUGGAGAUUAAACAACUACUAGAAAGAGAUUAUGAUCUUAACUUAUCUACACGAGAAAUUCGACAGUUGACAAUGAAAAAGAUUCAAGAAAUAAGUGGCUGUGGCUCCCAGUCGCCGUCACCAUCAUUCCAACAGCCUCUUCUUACCAAUGGCAUAACUCGUUAUAACCUCAACCAAAUCAUUCCUUUACAAAAUAUUAUUUCACUCAAUUCUGUCAAAUCUGAUGAACAGCCUUUCUUCAUUAUUCAUCCCCUUGAAGGUUCUGCUCAUUGUCUUCAGGUUCUUGCAUCAUAUCUUAAAAUACCUGUGUAUGGUCUUCAGUGUACUGCCUCAACACCUCUAGAGUCCAUUGAAUCAUUAGCUUCCUAUUACCUACAGAAAAUUUAUGAAGUUCAACCAAAAGGACCUUACCGAAUUGGUGGUUAUUCUUUUGGUGCUGGUCUAGCAAUAGAGAUGGUUAUACAGAUUGAAGCUUCAAAAGAAAAAGUAGAAAAAUUAGUGCUUCUUGAUGGUUCCCAUAACUAUGUUGCUGCUCAUACCUUCAGUCACAGAGUGAAAACUUCUCAGCAGAACCUCUUAGAAUCACAAGCUAUGGUGGCUUUCUCUAGACAAUUUAUAGAAGUUCCUUAUCAAACGCUGAUUGACCACUUAGUUGUAUUGAACAACUUCGAAGAACGAGCAAAGAAAAUAGUUGACUUGAUCCUGUUGCACAAUCCCUUAGUAAAGCAGAGGGAUGAGAUGAUAUUUUCUGCCAAUGUUUUCCAUCAGCUUCUCUUGAUUGCUGAAGCCUACAAGCCCAGCUGUAAGAUCAACACCAGCGUGAAUCUUUACAGAGCAAAGGACACAACUCAUGAGUUUACAAGACUUGGAAAUGAUUACGGAGUGAAGGCCGUGUGUUCCGGAGACCUGUCUGUUGAUGUGAUAGAAGGCAACCAUGAAUCUUUCAUCCUGGGAGAAAAUGCUGCUGUUCUUGGAGAUCUUAUUAACAAACUUUAUGUCUCCAGUCUCUAGAAAUGCUGACAGUUUUCCAUUUCCAGUUAAAUAUCUUUUUCUUUCCCUUCUUGCCAUAUUCAAUUAAACGUUACCUUACCCUUAUCGUCAUGGGUAACGUUUCUUUUCCUCUCUUUUCUGAUUCUCUUUCCUCCCCAUCCUUGUAUAGUGUAAAGCCACACUGUUCCUAUAUUUACUUUGAUAUCUUAUUUUAGACUGCUCACUGAAAUUACUCAUUGUUUUUGUUCUUGUUAUCCAGUAUAGCAUUAUAAUAAUAAUAUUAAUAAUAAUAAUGUGAAACUGUGAGAGUCUUAUUGGCAAUUAAAAAUGAAGAAAGAUUAACAAUGGAUAGUAUUUUCUUACUGCUUUUUGUGUUGUUUUACAUUUAGCUAAUUUGCAUCACAAUGUCUGCAUAUAUUUUCUGCUCAUAUUGAUCAUGCAUAUUUCUUUUCAAAACACAUUAAAUUUAUUUGAAAAAAAAAAAAAAAUUGAAACUGUCUCAAACUUUGUUUGCGAAGUUACUUUUUCUUUUUUUUUUCUUAAAUAAUUUAUAAAUGGAUUAAAAUUAGAAAUAUUGCUAUUUGAUUAUUUAACAUCUGUUUGCAUGUCAGAUUACAAAUAAAUUAGUAUGAAAUAUUUAUUGAAAUUCUUUUGGAACAUCGUAAUAGUAUUUAUUUUACUGUUAAUAUUGUGAGUAAUGUAGAGCAGGAGAUUAAACACCCUCUGAUGAACAGGUAACCAGUUUUGAAUCCUGUUUGAAAGCUUAUUCACUUAUACUACUACUAAUGAUUUUGAGAGUGGUGUGAAUGAUAUACUCUCUCAUUCUAGCUCUAUAUCUUGUAGUUUCAAACAUCCUAAAUCAAUGAACUAAGUACUAGCCAUGAAUAGCAGUUGGUUUCCUUUUCUUGUUCUGCUCCUGAUGCCCUUCACAGUUUACCAGUCUUGUGCCAAUAUGAGAAACCAUUGGUAGUAUUAAACCUUUUUUUUGUCAUGAAUAAAUGUAUCAUUUUCUUAAAUAAGCUUAGCCAGUAUAAUUUUUUCUCUUGUUAAAUAAGCUUAGCCAGUAUAAUUGUUUUGAAAAUUAAUUCAUACUGACAUGCAUGCACACAAACACAAUUAUGAAUAAUAAUAAAUUGCCUUAGCAAAAUAACAAUAAAAAUUGUGAGCACCUGUUAAAAAUUUCAGUAAAAUUGCAAUGAAAGAAAGGGAAACACCUUAAUGACUUCACUGAAAAAUGCUGAUACAGCUCUCUAUACAACUUAUUUUUUAUAGGUUCUUGUUAUAUAAAUAUAUAUAUAAAACCGGUGUCUUAUGAAUUUUUAUAUGAAAAAAAAAAAAUUACAAAAUGGAAAAAAAAAACUGACAAGAAAAAUAAAUUUUAACAAAAAUCAGUUAUACCUUGUGCAAUUGUGGCUAGAAGGCUUUCUUCAGCACCACCUCCAAUGAAUGUUACGAAGCAGAAAUGACAAAAGUGGUGCUUGUUAGUUCUUCAUUAAUCGGAUCUUUAUUUUCAUUACAGCUUUUGAAUAUUGUUUCUUGAGAUAUUUUUGUCCCCUUUUUUGGCUUAAAAGCAAAUUGUUCAUUGUUCUAGGGAGUAAUUUCCUGCUUAUACUGAUGACAAUGAUGAUAAUGCUCCCUUUAAAAUGUUCUGUUAUAUAAUCUUUUGUUUCUACAUUACUCUUUUAUUGAAGCAAUAAAAUUCUAAAAUUA